UCCUCCCCCUCCCCCUCCCCCUCUGCCUCCCCCAACCUUCUUCCCAUCACCAAGAAACAUUCCGUUCCAUCCUCCUCCACCGACUUCAGUGUCUGGUAUUCGCUUCACAACUCUUCAACAAUGGCAGCUCAGAGGACUUCUUCACUUGUAUCACCGGCAACCAUAACUAUCUCUUCCGGUGGCAAGGGUGAAGGAGUUACCAAUCGCAGAAGUAUGGGACCAAGCAGCCCUGCCACCGGCCGGUCUUUCUCCACAACCAACCCCACCUCCCCAAUCUCAGGUAAACUUUCGAGUGGCGGCGGAAGAAGGUAUAGCACUGCUGAGGAAGCCGAGAGCACAGAAUUCGUCCGCUACACCGUCCAAAUCCCAGCCACUCCUGAUCACCAUCUUUCUUCCGUUGCACCGGAAUCAGUCCCAUUCCCAGAAAGAAGCUACAUUUCCGGCACCCUGUUCACAGGAGGCUUCAACUGCAUCACUCGUGGCCAUGUCAUUAAUUCUUCUGCAGACAGCCCCCGAGUUCUCAAUCAUGCUGGAGUCCUCUGCAGGACGAUUGGAUGCGACGGCGAGCCUUUCUUCGACAGAUCGAAGCAACCCCCUUGUGAAUGUGGGUUUACGAUCUGUAAAGAUUGCUACUUGGAAUGCAAUAGUAAUGGAGGGAAGUGCCCUGGGUGUAAAGAGCCGUACAGGCUGAGUGAAGAGGAGGAUUUAGAAUCUGAAACAGAAGGAUGUCUUCCGUUGACAUCCAUGGCGGAUUUUGGCAUGGGUCGAAGACUGUCGAUGAUGAAGUCAGUGAAGGGCCCCGCAGAUUUUGACCAUAAUCGAUGGCUAUUUGAGACAAAGGGAACUUAUGGGUACGGGAAUGCGGUGUGGCCCAAGGAUGGGAAUGGAGAUGGAGGCGGAGCAGGAGGGUUUAAGGGAUUUGAAGAGCCGCCCAAUUUUAGUGCCAGGAACAGGAGACCGCUCACGAGGAAGGUUUGCGUUUCUCAGGCCAUCAUCAGCCCAUAUAGAUUGCUGAUCGUGAUCCGCCUGGUAGCCCUGGGCUUCUUCCUGGCAUGGCGAAUUCGCCACCCAAACAACGACGCAAUCUGGCUCUGGGCCAUGUCCAUCACCUGCGAGCUCUGGUUCGCCUUCUCUUGGCUCCUCGACCAGCUCCCCAAGCUCUGCCCUGUAAAUAGGGCCACCGACCUCUCUGUUCUCAAAGAAAGAUUUGAAUCGCCGAGCCUUCGCAAUCCCAAAGGAAGAUCUGAUCUCCCAGGAAUCGAUGUCUUCGUUUCUACCGCAGAUCCUGAGAAAGAACCUCCAUUAGUCACGGCGAAUACUGUUCUCUCCAUCCUUGCCGUCAACUACCCUGUCGAGAAGCUUGCCUGCUACGUCUCUGAUGACGGCGGCUCCCUCCUCACUUUCGAAGCUCUUGCAGAGACUGCAAGCUUUGCGAAAGUUUGGGUUCCGUUUUGCAGAAAGCAUGAGAUUGAGCCAAGGAACCCAGAGGCCUAUUUCAGCCAGACAAGAGACUUCCUCAAGAACAAAGUAAGGCAUGAUUUUGUGAGGGAGAGAAGGAGAGUAAAAAGAGAGUAUGAUGAGUUCAAGGUUAGAAUCAAUUCUCUUCCAGAUUCCAUAAGACGGAGAUCUGAUGCCUAUAAUGCUCACGAGGAGCUGCGGGCUAAGAAGAAGCAUGAAGAGAUGGGAGAACGUCUCACCGAACCAGUUAAAGUCCCGAAGGCUAUCUGGAUGAGUGAUGGUUCUCACUGGCCUGGAACCUGGUCAUCAGCAGAAACGGAACAUUCAAGAGGCGAUCAUGCAGGAAUCAUUCAGGCAAUGCUUGCUCCGCCAAACUCUGAACCACUGACGGGCACCGAGGCGAAUGAAAAUGGCCUCAUAAAUACCACAACGGUUGAUAUCCGUCUACCAAUGCUGGUUUACGUUUCGCGGGAGAAGAGGCCGGGGUAUGAUCACAACAAGAAGGCUGGAGCCAUGAAUGCUCUGGUUCGAACCAGUGCAAUCAUGUCUAAUGGUCCAUUCAUCUUAAAUUUAGAUUGUGAUCACUACAUUUACAACUCCCAGGCUAUGAGAGAAGGAAUGUGCUUCAUGCUUGACAGCGGAGGCGAUCGUGUUUGCUUUGUUCAGUUUCCCCAGAGGUUCGAAGGAAUCGACCCUAAUGACCGGUAUGCAAAUCAUAAUUUGGUAUUCUUUGAUGUUACUAUGAGAGCCAUGGAUGGCUUGCAAGGUCCUAUGUAUGUUGGCACUGGAUGCAUUUUUCGUCGGACAGCGCUUUAUGGGUUUAGUCCUCCUAGAGCCACAGAGCACCGUGGCUGGCUCGGGAGAAGGAAGAUUAAGCUUUUUCUCAGGAAACCAACAAUGGGUAAGAAGACUGACCGGGUUGAAGCUGAGAACAACGAAGAAGAAGAGGAUGAUGAUAUUGAGUCCUCCUCCCUUCUGCCGAAGAAGUUCGGUAAUUCAGCAAUUCUCACAGCAUCAAUCCCAGUAGCAGAGUAUCAGGGGAGGCUGCUUCAAGACUUGUCUGGAGUUCAUCAAGGUAGGCCUGCAGGCUCCUUGGCAGUGCCCCGUGAACCCCUUGAUGCCUCCACUGUUGCAGAGGCCAUCUCAGUGAUAUCCUGCUUUUACGAAGAAAAAACUGAGUGGGGAAGACGAGUAGGAUGGAUUUAUGGUUCUGUGACAGAGGAUGUUGUUACCGGUUACAGAAUGCAUAACAGAGGAUGGAGAUCAGUGUACUGCGUCACUAAAAAGGAUGCAUUUAGGGGAACAGCACCAAUUAACCUGACUGACAGACUACACCAGGUUCUCCGUUGGGCUACUGGUUCAGUUGAGAUCUUCUUCUCAAGAAACAAUGCACUGUUUGCAUCGAGGAGGAUGAAGCUUCUUCAAAGGGUGUCCUACUUCAAUGCAGGAAUGUAUCCCUUCACUUCCAUUUUUCUGCUCGUAUACUGUAUUCUUCCAGCAGUAUCCCUCUUCUCAGGGCAGUUCAUUGUCAAGUCAUUGAAUGUUCCUUUCCUCAUAUUUCUAUUGGUGAUCACCAUCACUCUCUGCCUGCUUGCUUUGCUGGAGAUCAAGUGGUCAGGAAUUACACUCCAUGAAUGGUGGCGAAACGAGCAGUUCUGGGUCAUUGGAGGGACCAGCGCACACCCUGCAGCUGUGCUUCAAGGGCUUCUGAAGGUUAUUGCUGGAGUUGACAUCUCUUUUACUCUGACUACAAAGCCAGCAAGUGAUGAAAACGAUGAUGAGUUUGCAGAGUUGUACUUGGUAAAGUGGAGCUUUUUGAUGGUGCCGCCAAUCACGAUCAUGAUGGUUAACAUGAUUGCCAUAGCGGUUGGGUUUGUGAGGACUGUUUACAGCGAGUUUCCUCGAUGGAGUAAGCUACUUGGGGGUUCUUUCUUUAGUUUCUGGGUGCUUUGUCAUUUGUAUCCUUUUGCUAAGGGGUUGAUGGGAAGGAGGGGGAAGAUGCCAACAAUCGUUUUCGUCUGGUCAGGGUUGAUCUCAAUUGUGCUUUCACUUAUGUGGGUUUAUAUCAGCCCUCCAGCAGGAGGAAAGAACGAGUACAUGAACUUUUAGUUUCCUUGAAGAAUGAAUGAUGAAGAUAAAUAGAGCUAUCAGCUUUUUUUCCGUGCUAGCAGUAACACAUAUGUAAUGAACAUUUGAGAUUGUUUGUUCGUGCGAAGUAGUAGUAAUACAUGUUAGAGCCUUUUCAUGUAAUGAAUCCUGUAACUUGCAUGAAUUUAGGCUCUAAAACAAUUGGUUGAAUGAUGAAGAUAAAUAGUUCCUUUUUUUAUUU